AUGAGCUUUCAACCAGUCAACCCCCGGCCGUACCUGCAGGCUAGAGUCGGCACUGAGAUGAUCAUCCGCCUGAAAUGGGGCCAAACCGAGUACAAGGGUACCCUCGAGAGCAUCGAUUCCUACAUGAACGUUCUGCUGCGCGAUACGGAGGAAUUCAUCGAUGGAAAGCAGACUGGAUCUCUGGGUCUUGUUCUUAUUCGGUGUAACAACAUUCUCUGGAUGGGCGCGGCAGACAGUGUGGAAAUGACGGACCUCCAACUAAAAUAA